AUGGCCUUGCUUAGGAAGCAGCUUUCGUUUUCAUCUUCGAGCUUCAAAUCUUCAAGAACUACGAACAUACACUACCCUAUAAACUCGAGUCAUCCGCCUGGUACAAUCUCUGAAUUUGUUUGGAAAGAUUACAGCCCUGUCCUUUUCAGAAAUAUACAAGAGCUUGGAGAUGUUAAUUACGAUGAUUACAUGAUAUCAGUGUGCAACCAUGAAAAUCUCUUGGAAUUGACAGUGCGUGGCUCUGGUAAGCCGUUCCAUGUGUCUCAUGAUGACCGAUUUGUCAUAAAAACCUUGCGCAAAUCUGAAGCUAAGGUUCUCUUAGAGAUGCUUCCAAGUUUCUACGAUCACAUUCAGAAGUACGGAAACUCCCUCUUAGCCAAGUACUAUGGCCUUCAUGCUACAAGACCUGGUAGCGGAGGUACAAAGAUAUAUUUUGUUGUAAUGGAGAACCUGUUACGAACAGAAAUGCAAAUACACAAACGAUAUGAUCUCAAAGGAUCAUCACAAGGAAGAAGUGCCACUAAAAAUGGAACUCAACCCAUACUAGCCUUAAAAGACCCUGAAUUCGAUUUCUGCUUCUACCUCGAUUCUUCCACUCAGAGUCAGAUCCUAGAGCAAAUUAAGCUAGACUGUAAAUAUUUGGAGGAGCAAGGAAUCAUGGAUUACAGUUUGUUGCUUGGUAUACAUGUGGAACAAACACGUCGAGAUUCAGCAAAAGGGCGCCCGUGUCAUGAUCCAUCACAAGUACAAAACGGAAUGGACCGUACUCAAUCUGAGAUUGUGGAACCAUAUCACAGUCGAGACCCUACUUUUUCACACUUCUUCACAGCAGCUGCUGCAACAGAAGAUAAUAGGCGUAACGUUACAAGAUUUGGAGCAAAAAUUCAAGCACGAGCAGUUAAAGUGCCUCAAUGUGAACCCAAGGAAAGUAACCACAGUUCCUCAAAAUUACAAGACUCCAAGAAUGUCUACUUGUUUCUAGGAAUAAUUGAUUUCUUACAAGAUUACAACGUGAUGAAACGACUCGAGCAUGCUUACAAGUCGUUGCAGUAUGAUUCCAAGACAAUCUCAUCUGUGAAUCCUAAUUUUUAUGCAGCUCGGUUUCAGGAUUUCCUCUCCAAAGUAUUCCUCGUAGAAGAAUCGAGCAGCCUUCAAUCCGAAAGGCUAGUUAUACAGAAAGCCACGAGUUGGCAGUCUUAACAAAUUGCUUAAAUAUGAUUUAGA